AUGCUCUGCGAGGCAGGAGCCUUUAUCGACUUUACAACCAAGAAGCAAUGGACACCUCUGUUUCACGCAACGGUGACGCAGAAACACGCCGUCGUCGACGCUCUUCUCGAUCACGGAGCUGAUCUGGAAGCCAAAGACGAGGACGGCAAAACACCGUUGUUCUUGACCGUGAUGCAGGCAGAAGGCGACAUGUUUGAUCAUCUCAUCCAGAGGGGCGCUAAUAUUGACGCCAAAGAUACUCAAGGUCGGACCUUGCUUACAGAAGCGUCGAGCUACGGCCACAGCAAGUAUAUAGAAUAUCUCCUAGACCAUGGCCUGGACGCUAACCAGGCGGAUGGGCUUGGUAUGACGCCGCUACACCAUGCCGCCAUCUAUGAUGCGAGGAGUUCAUUUAUGCCAUUAUUGGAGUACGGCGCCGACCCUGACCUGCAAGAUGUUCACGGAUAUACGGUGUUUGAGCGGGCGAGGGUGCAAGGGAAUGACGAGGACCUUAUUGAUGCCGUGGAGCGGUGCGCGGAUCGGACUGUGAAGAGGAGGAGAUUUUGA